AUGGCUAAUAUUGAACGACUGUUCGCCCAACGAAGUCACGUUGAAGCCGAAGUGAAGAAAAUCCACGAGCGAAUUAGUGAUGGGGGCACCAAUGCGAGUUCUGUACGAUUGAAGAGUUAUGAAAUCAAACUUCAGUGUCACUACCAGGAGUAUGAGCGAGUAUAUAGUGAACUUUUGUCCGUACUCUCAGCUGAGAGAUUCGACGACCUUGAAGAGGAUUUCUCGCACUUUGAGGACAUCCACAAUAAUGCCUGCGCCCUGGUGAAAAAUCUUUUGCUUUCCGUCCCGACCGCCAGUGGCACGGGUAACUACAAUCGAUGGACAACAUUCAACAGCUUCACUGCGCCACGCUGGAACACCCCUAAGAUCCGAAGCCAAACGCCGAAACCAAUGACGGAACACCCCGUUCCGAUUCUCGCUGAGACCGAAACGCCACGCACAUCAUUUCCAAACAAAAUCAAGGUGAGUACGAUUGUUGCCGACUCAUUCCAGCACGAGAAGCCGCCACACGAUGAAGAUUCCGCCAAGAACACGAGUCCUCCGACGAGCAAGAGGGAUUCACGUGUCGGCAACGAGCCGACCGAGUUUGUCAACAGCAAGACCGAAGACUCGAAGACGAUGACGAUCCCGAUGCCAACCGGACUCGGUCCGGUACUGAUGCCGUUUCGCCCACCUCCUGGAUUCCAUCCGACGCCUAAGCGGAACCCGAUGCCAACCGGAAUGCCUCCGGUGUCCCAGUGCCCGACCGGUGCCUCUCCGGUACCACAGCCGCUCCAGAGUACGACCGGUUCUCAACCGGUAUCCCAGCCGCCCUCAUCAACGACCGGUUCCCUGCCGGUAUUUCCUUCGCUCCAGUCCAAGUCCGACACUCUUCCGACAUGGAAGCAGUCCCGAUGCGUGACCGGAUCUUGUCCGGUGCCCCAGAUCCCGCAUGUGACCGAAUACUUUCCAACGUCAAAGCUUCCAACCCCGAUGACCGGAUUGCGUCCGGUGCAAGAGCAGUACCCGUGUGCUGACGAAUCAAAUCUGAAGCGACCCGAUGUAGCCGGAAUUCCUCCGGUGCUGAAGCCGUUCCUGUCGACAGUCGAAACUUCACCGGUGACCACGCCGGCCCUGAUGUCUAUCGGUGCCAACCCAGUGAAGAAGUCAACCACUACGUUUUUCGACGCCCGUUCGGCGACCAAGCCGACCAUGAUGUCCGCCGGUUCCACUCCGGUGGUCAAGACGAUCUCGCCGUCCACUGGAGCCAGUCCAGUGGGCAAUCCCGCCCCGAUGGCCGUCGGUUCUCGUCCGAUGGUCAAGCCGACCCCGAUCCCGAUGUCCACUGGAACCAGUUCAGUGGGCAGUUCCGCCCUGAGGUUCACCGAUGCCAGUUCGGUGAUCAAUUACGCCCCCGUGUCCGCCGGUUCUCCUCCGGUGGUCAAGACGAUCUCGCCGUCCACUGGAGCCAGUCCAGUGGGUAGUUCCGCCCCGACGGCCGUCGGUUCUCAUCCGAUGGUUAAGCCGACCCCGAUGUCUGCUGGAAACAGUCCAGUGGGCAAUUCCGUCCAGAGGUCCACCGGUGCUAGUCCGGUGGUCGAGCCGAUCCCGAUGUCCACUGGAAACGAUUCAGUGGGCAACUACGCCCUGAGGUCCACCGAUACCAGUUCGGUGUUCAACUACGCCAAGAUGCCCGUCGGUUCCAGCCCGAUGGUCAUGCCGAUCCUGAAGUCCACCGGUGCUCAUCCGAUGGUCGAUUUCAUCCCGAUGUCUGUCGGUCCCUUUCCGGCAGCCAAACCGACCUUGACGCGCAUCGAAGCCAACCCGACAAGCCAAAAGUCCACUGGAACGAGUUCAGUGGUGAAGCUGACCGUGCUACCCAUCGGAGUCAGUCCGGAAGCCAAACGUUUCGACGAUUCAGCCGGUCUCUACCCGGUAGCCAAGCCAUCCCCGAAACCCACCGAUCUCCGUUCGGUGAACCAGUCAAACCUGACGUCAUCCAGCAGUGUUGCAGUGCACCCGCCGGCUCCAACCAUGGAGUUCAACGAGAUGAAUCGAACGAAGAAGCGAACCCCACCGAUAGCCGGAACCCGUCCGGCACGCAGUCGAGUCCAGGGCAGGACACAUCAAGUGCAAAUCCCGAAGACAACAGAAAUCCGCCCUGCAACAAGUUGUGUCCUCAUGCCCUUUGGAAUCCGUCCGAUCACGAAAACUUCAACGAGGAAACAGUGGAUCGUGGUGGCCCUGAAGUUCGACCAGCCCCCACUGGAUCCGCAGCCGGUCCACACGACUGGUACUUACGAACAUCUUCAUUUCGACACGUGGCCGAAGAAACCCCCAGACGAAUCAACCAACGAUAGCCAACCCAGCGAAGCCGUCGUCUCGCGUGUCCCGAACGCGUUCAUCCAACGACCCGAUCAGAGACAAUCAAGACGCCACAACUCAAGCAGUUCACCAUGUUCCCACUUUUCCUGGCUGGGGAGUAUGUUCGCGCCAACGCGAAGUAGUAACCCGCGAAUAUUUUGCCCCUAUUUUCCCUACCACACUCCACGCCGUCCAACUGCCCAUUCAACAACAACGUGA